GGGGACUGGAAUACCGGGCUAGGCUCCUACAAAACGGGAACCCGGGUUCCCGGGCAGGCCGAGCGAUGCUGGAGAGGUUCCCGGGUAACGUCUCUCCUCCAGCCUUGGGUCUCCAUCCAGGACCCUAAAGACCCGGCAGGGCUGGGGCGCCAUGGCGGAAGCGCGCCAGGCUGCCGACUUCCCACCAUGGCUGCCAUCAGACGGAGCACAGGCCAGGCUGGGCUGCUCCAUGCUGCAGGAGAUCUACCUGUGCAGCCUGCGAUCUUGGAGAAGGAACCUGGGGCGAUUCUGGGUGCGAAGCACUGCUGGCUGGGGUGGGCAGCACCAUUACCUCCGGGGGGUCGUGGCAGCUGCUGUAUUUGCCUCUUGUUUGUGGGGUGCCCUGAUCUUCACCCUGCACGUGGCCCUGAGGCUGCUCCUGUCCUACCACGGCUGGCUUCUCGAAUCUCACGGGACCAUGUCCUCGCCUACCAAGACCUGGCUGGCCCUGGUCCGCAUCUUCUCUGGCCGCCACCCAAUGCUCUUCAGUUACCAGCGCUCCCUGCCGCGCCAGCCAGUGCCCUCGGUGCAGGACACCGUGUGCAAGUACCUGGAGUCAGUCCGCCCCGUCCUCUCCGAUGAGGACUUUGACUGGACUGCGGGGAUGGCGCAGGAGUUCUUGAAGCUGCAGGCAUCGCUGCUGCAGUGGUACCUGUGGCUCAAGUCCUGGUGGGCGUCCAAUUAUGUCACCGACUGGUGGGAAGAAUUUGUGUAUCUGCGGUCUCGCAACUCGCUGAUGGUGAACAGCAAUUACUAUUUAAUGGACUUCCUGUAUGUCACACCCACGCCGCUGCAGGCAGCUCGGGCGGGGAACGCUGUCCAUGCCCUUCUCCUGUACCGCCAUCGGUUGACCCGCCAGGAGAUCCCACCGACUAUGCUUAUGGGGAUGCGUCCUUUGUGCUCUGCCCAAUAUGAGAAGAUAUUCAACACUACCCGGGUGCCAGGGUUGGAAAAAGACUCCCUCUGCCACCUCCCGGACAGCCGCCAUGUGGCCGUUUUCCAUCGGGGCCGAUUCUUCCGCGUGGGGACCCAUUCCCCCAAUGGCUUGCUGUCCCCACGGGCUCUGGAGCAGCAAUUCCAGCGCAUCCUGGAUGACCCCUCGCCGGCCUAUCCCCACGAGGAGCACCUGGCGGCCCUCACAGCUGCUCCCAGGGGUAUGUGGGCCCAGGUGCGGGAGUUGGUGAAGGCCCGGGCUGCUGCUGCUUUGGAGGCUGUGGAAGGAGCCGCUUUCUUUGUGUCUCUGGAUUCGGAGCCUGGAGGCCUCACAAGGGAGGAUCCGGCUGUCUCCCUUGAUGCCUAUGCCCACAGGCUGCUGGCCGGCCAUGGUCAUGACCGCUGGUAUGACAAGUCCUUCACCCUUAUUGUCUUCUCCAACGGGAAGCUGGGCCUCAGCAUGGAGCACUCGUGGGCCGACUGCCCCAUCUCAGGACAUAUGUGGGAGUUCACCCUGGCCACAGAAUGCUUUCAUCUGGGCUAUUCGGCAGAUGGCCACUGCAAGGGACAGCCUGAUCCUACGCUGCCCUGGCCUGAGCGGCUACAGUGGGACCUCCCAAACCAGGUUUAUCCCUCCAUCUCUCUAGCCCUGAGGGGAGCCAAGACCUUAGCUGGAAACAUCGACUGCCAUGUCUUCCCCUUCUCCCACUUUGGCAAGAGCUUCAUCAAACACUGCCACUUCUCUUCAGACAGCUUCAUCCAGGUGGCCCUGCAGCUGGCCUACUUCCGGGACAGGGGUCACUUCUGCCUGACUUAUGAGUCAGCCAUGACUCGCUUGUUCCUGGAAGGCCGGACAGAGACAGUGAGGUCUUGCACCAAGGAAGCAUGCAACUUCGUGAAAGCGAUGGAGGACAAAGAGAAGACGGCCUCCCAGUGCCUCACCUUGUUCCGCAUGGCAGUGGAUAAACACCAGACUCUGCUCAAGGCAGCCAUGACCGGGCAGGGGAUUGACCGGCACCUCUUUGCGCUCUACAUUGUCUCCCAGUUCCUCCAUCUGCAGUCGCCCUUCCUCGCCCAGGUUCACUCGGAGCAGUGGAAGCUGUCCACCAGCCAGAUCCCCGUUCAGCAGGCUCACCUGUUUGAUGUCCACAAUUACCCAGAUUAUGUUUCCUCGGGUGGCGGAUUCGGGCCUGCGGAUGACGAUGGCUACGGGGUUUCCUAUAUCUUCAUGGGGGACGACACGGUGACCUUCCACAUCGCCAGUAAGAAGUCAAGCACUAAGACAGACUCACACCGGCUGGGCCAGCACAUUGAAGACGCUCUUCUGGAUGUGGCUGCCCUAUUCCAAGCAAGGCAGCAUCUUAAGCACAGAUUCGGAAGGGCUGGAGAGGAGUGCUUGAGGUACAGACAGGGAUUUCCCUCCAGAAAGACUGCUCCUACAGCAUCCACUGACCUCUGACCCGUGCAGGUUCCUACAGCUGGGCUGGCACAGGCUGGGGCAGCCCAUGUUGGUGGUCCCAUAUCUGGGCCAAUAAAGAGGUGUGA